AUGUUGUCGCUGCAGACAGGCAACGCAAAACGAGUCUGCGAAUACUUUGAUACCACGAGGAACAAGAAGAUAAACCGCAACUAUGUCGUCCACCUUCAACAAAAGGUACGUCAGUUGGAGGCGGAGCUGUCUCAGUACACCGACGACGAUAAUGAUCACCCCGAAAGCGCAGAGGACAUCGUGCGUCCAGGCGGUCUUGUCAAACUCAGCGAGUCAGAUGAGACGCCGCGCUAUCUGGGCCCUAGCUCUGGCAUAGCCAUGACAAGAUUGCUCAUGGACCAGGCCAAGCGAUAUACAGACUCCCAGCGCAUAUCAGAGCUGUUCCCCGAUGUUCGUGCGAGAAGAAUGGAUCGUCUCGACAGGAUGCAAAGCAUUGUCCACAUGGGCGCAAGUGUCAGUGGUCCGUCUGGAAUGGCUGCCAGGAAGAAGAAUUUCCCGAUGGUCAGCGAGAUUCCGGCCCAGACACUACCGGCACGACAGGUGGCAGACAAGCUCGUCGAAGUGUUCAACUCCCGAGCCCAGUAUUUCACGCCGACACUGCAUGAAAAGCAGUUUGACACAGACCUUCAAGAUGUCUACAAUGGCAAUGCUGACCCGUACAAAAACUUCGUGGUUCGCAUGGUCCUUGCAAUAAGCUUACAGAAGCUCGAUAUUCAAUACGCCGGCCUCGCCGAUAGCUAUUACGUAGCUGCCAUGGCGUACUUUGAAGAUGUCAUCCGUCCCAAGGACCUCAAAACGCUUCAGUGCUUGGUCCUUAUCGGUACAUAUUCGCUUCUGACCCCGACCCGGACCGUUGUGUACCACAUUAUCGGCUUGGCGACCAAGAUCUGUCAACAACUCGGCCUGGCUGACGAGAAAACAAUAUCCGCCGGGUACUCAAUGGGGUUGAUUGACCCUCUUCAGAUGGACCUGCGUCGCCGGAUGAGUUGGAUCGUCACUGGCAAUGAACUCGGACUGGCGCAUUCUAUGGGUCGACCCAAUGGUUUUGCAAAAGGAGACGACUUCGUGGAUGUCCAAUUCUUCGAGACUGUUGAUGACGAGAAUAUCACGCCGGACGGUAUCCUCCCUGGCCCAGCAAGCGAGAAAAAGUUGGUCGCGAUCCAUUUCUGCAAGAUGCGUGUACGCCAGGCCGAGAUUCGAAGGUGUCUGUACGAGAAAAAGCGACCGGAGCCCAAGGACGCUGAAAGUCCCAUUUUCAUCGAAAUGGAACGGAAAAUCAAGGACUGGAUCGAUACGGCCCCGAAAGAGCCAGUGAAGAAGUCGGCGGUCGACAUCACGUGGGUCUUCGUUCUUACCCUGAACAUGUCGCUGAAUGUUCUCUUGUGGGCCAUCUCGUACCGCGAGGUCCGCGAAGUCCACUCCAAAGAUGACGUGGAAAACAUCGUCAAUGUUGCGCUGGACGUCAUCGAUCAAUGUUCUGAACGGUGGCCUGGGACCAAGAAUGCGUCGCAACUCUACUCUGUUUUCGGCCGUGCCUGCCUGCAAAGUUACGACACCAAUGACGACCCAUCGGACUCUUCCAUUACGAGCGCCUACACGUCUCCGUUACUGGUGGACAAUGAUUCGCCAGCCGCAUCGGAGAACUCUGUACCCACCACCGUAUCAAACGGAUCAGCCUAUGCACAGAAUCAGCAACGACCUGUGUUCACGCAGCCUGUGUUUGGUUACACUGUGGAAUCAGCAGAAGACAUGAAUGUUUUCAAUUUUGACUCAAACCCCUUCCGGCAGCCCACAUUCCGCUCCAAUUCGAUCUUCAAAAAUCCUUCCAGCGAGCCAACUGAGGGUCGCCGCCCUUCAUUCGGAUACUUCCCGCCUGAUUUCAAGCAGCCGUCACCGGGCGAACCUCCCCACGUGGGCGACCCCUUAAAUCCAAGCGGCGCAGCUCAUCCGCCUGCUCAAUCAUCGCCAGUCGGCGUGACGCAGAAUCAGCUUCCGACACCGCCGGAAUCAAUGAACACGGCCCCGAACACUUUCUCGCCACCGCCAACUUCGUACUCGGACGCGACUGGCAGCCCUACACCGAAGAUGACAUACAGCAGCCCCAUGCCUGUCGGCGCAAAUCAGCAGCAAUCUGUACCUCCAGCACACAUCAAAUACGAGCCGGCUCCAGAUGACAUGGGAUUCGACCCACCGUCGACUCCCAACGCCCAGCCGACACCGCAACAAACGCCGCAGCAACCGACCCAUCGCACGCCGACAUUCACAGUCCCUCCAUUGCCUCUUCACGUUAUCAAUGGCCAACGGCAAAAUCAGCAGCAGCAGCACCAGCAACACCCCCAGCAGCAGCAGCAAAGGCCCUUGCCACAACAAGCGACACUCGGCGACUGGUUCUCCCCUCCACCGCCAUUCAUCUCACCGUACGCAUUCAACGGGAUGAACUCGCCGCACGGGGUCUGGAAUGAUUCCGCCGCAUCCAACGCCGCCUUCUCAGGAAUCAUGGGUGGUGGUAGCUAUGAAAGUACGAGUCCGACCAGCGUUCCGGGAGGGUUUGGCGGCGGUGGCGGCGGAGGCCACGGCAUGCCGCAAGGAUUCGGCUUUGCGGCGCAGCGACACGGAAGCUUGAGUGCCGACCAGCAGAUGGAACUGAUGAACAUCCUCGAGACGGACGGCGUAGGCGAGAUCAACAACUUCCUGGGGAUGGACUUGAGUGGUCUUGGGGGCGCACCCGGACCGGACGGGAAUAUCAGGUGGAACUGA